AUGGACGACAACGGCCUACCCAUGGACGACCGCACCAAGGCUCUUGCAGACAACUACAGAAACCAUCCUCGCAUCUAUCCCCAGCUCGAACAGUACGCGACUUUCCGACACGGCCUCCGCAGCAUCUACCUCUCCAUGGACUUCAUCGCAUACAUGCACUUCUUCAAAGUCAGCGUCGGCAGUUUCAAGCAGUAUCUACUUCCUGGUUCAAUCUCUUACGAGAUCUUCGAGGAACUACCAAAUCUGAACCAAAUCACCUUCCGCCUGCCUCGCAAGCCACAACAAGGGUGGCGCGACAUGCCAGAACAGCCCGGCCCACCGCUCUUCUUCCCGGACUUUCCCUGUCCACGCAUCCUUCACCGACUCAUAUACGAUUGUAUCGCAGCGGUAUUGACGCUGUACCCUCUCGUCGAAGUCAACGGGUUCAUAGACGCGGACGAGAAGGAUCGCUACGAGUCCCUCCGUGCAGCGGCGAUCCAAGAUCGAGAGUGGAGUCCAGAUGAGCUGGCAGAGCUGUAUACCGAGUGUGGAGGAGGUGUCAAGCUGGAAGAACCAGUGCAGCCGGGAAGCUGGCUUGUCGAGGACGGAGAGGAGGAACAAAACGAGUCAAUCUCGCGUCAGGCACCCGAGUCGAUGGCAGGUCAGGCACACGACGAGAAGCCGGAAGACGAUUUCUUCCCACCAAAGUGCCGCUGUGCGGAGCAGUGCUCUCAAGUCUUCUAUGAAAAGGAGAAGAAGCGCAGGAUCUACCGGGUAACUGGUGGUGGAUAUUACUGA